UUAUGUAGAAUAUAUUUUUUAAAAUAAUUUGAACAUAUCCCUUUAUCUGAAUUCAAAUACUAACUGGCCUUCUUGAGAAAGUAGUCAACGAUACGAAACGAAACGAAAGGAGCGCUUCCUAGGCAACGGUGUUAAUGGCGUUCAUCGGGACAUCUCAAAGAGAAGUCACACUGAAGUGUGUGGUUUAGACGUUUUUAAACGUUCUUUAGUUGACCCCUUCUAGAUUAUAAGAUACUCAAGCAAAAUGAGUCGGCUCUAUGAUACGGUUGAGCCCUCAGUUAUCGAUGAGGAAAUGCUGCAGAAGGCAGUUGAAGAACAAGGUCCAAAAGAUGAAGCUGGAAAGAUUGCCAAGAAAGAAGGAAUCAACUUUGCAGAUGUUUUGUCCUUAAGACUAGAUUUCAAAAAUAUCUUGAAAAUUGACAAUCUUUGGGAAUUUACUUCACUGACCAAGCUGCAACUAGACAACAACAUCAUUGAGAAAAUUGAGGGUUUUGAUGUACUUGUCAACUUGAUUUGGCUAGAUUUAUCAUUCAACAACAUUGAAGUGAUUGAAGGUUUGAGCAGUCUGACUAAGCUGGAAGAUCUAACAUUGUACAACAACAGAAUCAGCAAGAUAGAGAACUUAGACUCUCUGACACAGCUUCAUGUUUUCUCCAUUGGGAAUAACGAAAUAAAGGACAUCAAAGACAUACUUUAUUUGCGGAAAUUCCCCAAACUGAAAACACUGAACAUCAGCAACAAUCCUGUCUGCAAAGAAGAAAAUUUCAAGCAGUAUGUUGCUGCGUUUCUGCCAAACCUAGACUUCCUUGACUACAGAUUGUUGGAUGAACAGACAAAAGCAGCAGCCUAUGAGAAACAUCAAACACAGGUGGAGGAGCAGAUUGACAAAGACAACAAAGCCCGGUUAGCAGCAGAGGAACAAGACAAGAGAGAAAAGGAGAUUCAGCUACACAAGGAGGCAUAUGUGGAGUAUCUGAACACAGACAAGCUGUACAGAGACAUGUACGCAGAUGAUCCUGAGGGUGUUAAGUUGAACUAUAUGCCAGGAGUGGAUGAAAUGCUUGUUGUAUUUAAAGAGAGGAUCCAGUCAGUUUGUCAACAGCUUUUUGACUUUGGCCUUCAAGAGUAUGAAAAAAGGAAAGCUGAGGUUGACAUGUUCUGGGAGUGUGUUAAUGAGGCAAAGGAUGAGAACAAGGAAAUGGGAAUGAAAGCCAUUGAAAAUUUCAUGGCUGAAAAGAAACAGGUUUUCAUUGAGCUGCAGCACAUGACAGAUGUUAAGAUGGUAGAGAGCAAAGUUCAAGAGUACAACAACUUGGUCACAGGCCUUUGGGACAAACUUAUGGGCCUGGAACUGCAACUGGUGGAUCAGCUAGAGGAAGUGAUCAAGGAUUUUGAACGGAACAUGCAAGACUUGGUCAGCGUCUUUUUGGAAAAUGUUCAGGCUUACCUGACCCAGGCCAGAGAACACGAGAAUGCUCACAAUGAGAAAAUGCUGGAGUGCGCCUCAUCAACCCUGGAGAAGGCUGCUAAGAACGAGCUGGAUGAAGAUAUGCCAGAUGAUCUGAAAAUGCUAUUGGUGGACAAGGAUACAGUCCAAAACGCGGUCACUACCUCUCAUGAUGUCCACCUCCUGAAGAUUGACAACAAAGAGGAUGACAUAGUGACCAGGAUAAAUAACUGGCUCAAGGGUAUGAUGGACACUAUCCACCAAGAGGAAGAAAUCCAAAGGAACAGAACCCGAGUCACAGAAAUCAAUCACUUGAUUGAUCACUUGAGAGAAGAAAUUGAUAGCUUGGACAUUGUUCAAGAUGAUGAAGAGACAACGGAAAUUUCUAAAAGCAAAGUUGUGUUCAGAAAUGAAGUUCAAAGCCGUAAUUCCUUGGUUCUACUGGAAAGGAAGUUGUCAGAACAGAAGCAAGCUCAGGACCCCUAUUAUGGUAUGACCAAGGUCCAAGAGGAAGUACAGUCUACUAUUACUGAAAAAGCAAGUCGUGAGGAUGAGCAAGGGAAAUCUGCACCAGGGGAAGCUUAAGAGAUCACAGAAGCUGCUGGGACAGCUGAAGAGAAAGCUUAGGAUCAUUUUACAUUUUGUGGACAUUUCAAAACCUUCAGAUUAAGGGGUUUCGCUACCUUGCUGACCAACUUUUUAGCCAGAGAACCUGUGAAGCUAGUAUUGUUACAUAUGUUGAUACACCUUCAAACAAUUCAUAAAUUCAUCGGUUACCAUGGAAAUGGCGGCAAUCUUGAAUUUUGUCGACGAUUUUAUUUUCUUAAACAUUUCAAAACUAGACGAUUUUUCUAAAAGGCAAAGGGAGAAAAGACAUGACAUUUUACAGCUAGCUAGUUUUCAUAUGGAUAGGACCAUAAGUAAUCAGUUCACAGGUCUCCAAAGCGAGCUUGUCCAAAAAGAGUGAAAAAUUUAGGGGGUCAUUGAGGAAGAAAGCCCCUAACACUAGUAACACGAAAGCAUGAGUAGCUAUCAUCAUAAAAACUAGUCAGCUGUUUGUAGUUUUGAAUAAACUACCUGUAGGCCAAAUUUCAAGUCUGUAUGUUGAAAAACAUGGAACAUUUUAAAGAAAAUAAAUUGGGUUAUACAUUGAAAAUUGCUAUUUUGAGAAACAGCUGAAGUUUUUUCUUGUUAAUAUACGAUGAAAACAGUUCUUGCAUGCUGCUAGUAACAUCAAAAGUAAAAGGUACUAACCUUCCCUAACAAUUAAAAGCCUCAGAAGUAUUGAUACCAAACAUAAUGGGUUUCGAAUACAGCUAGCCAUUGCUCUCGAGCGCAAAAAAGUGUCACAUUGAGAGAAAAUGAGUUACAUAUUUGUCGUUUUAAGAAGGCGGGGAGGUGCUUACAAAUGGAUAUUUAGAUAUUUCUAAGACAGCUUUCUGUCAUACAUCGUUGGAUAGAAAAAUGAUUAAACUUUCAUAUAUGAGAUCAAAAUCUCAAAAUUGAUAAUUUGGCCCAAAAUCGACUGUUUUCAACCCUGCAAUACCCCUUAAAAAGCUCUUUCGUCUUCUUACUGCAAGCACUUUCGCAUUCUAGGCUUCAACAAAAAUAAAAAGACUAAAUUAGAAGGGUUGGGAUUGUUUAAAAAGAUAAAAUUAGAAGGGUUGGGAUUAUUUAAAAAGAGAAGAUUAGAAGGUUUGACAUUAUUCAUUACGUUGACAUAUAUUUCAAUUUAAAUACCUUUUCCCAAUGUUAAACCGAACAACAGAUGUUUCGGUCAAAUUUUUGCCGUUUCUGGAUGCUUUUUGCCACUAUUAUAAAUCGAUUUCCUACGUGGCUAUCAAAUAGGGACAGUGGGGGGUUUUUUUUAUCUGUGAAAUAUUAGCUUCAGAAGCAAAUUUUAUUUGUCAUUUUUUAUUUUACCAUGUAAUAUAUAUAUGCACAAUCUGAAACAAUGGGAAAAUGUUCUGGAGAUAUUGCUAAAAAGCAGUAUUCACAUGUAUAUAUUAACCAAAGUUUCCAUGCCCCCCCACCAACCUUUUUUUUUUUCAUUCCAAGGCCUGCAACAAAUAAGGAACAAUAACAAAGAAAAGCCUCUACAUUAAUUUUUAUUACUGUUUAUUUAUUUGAGAAUGUACAAAGAAUAAAGAGGUUCAAUUCUGUUUCAAUUACAA